UGACUGUAAGCAUUGGUGUGCAAAACUCCCAGAAGAGCGUGAAAAAGCGAACGCAAAAAAAACGCUCGCUAUAUAAACAGCAACAUGUGGAGGAGACGCGCUCAAGUUUCCUGAACGCAUCAUGACGCGUGGAUUAUCGGCGCUCCGGGUGAUGUUUUCAUUGUGAUUAUGAUUGUUAUGAGUGGACAUGGCGUGGUGUGAGCGAGGGAUCCAGAUGUUGCUGGCCACCGUUGGAGCUUUUGUGGCUUUCAGUCUGAUGAGCAUCGCGAUCGGGACCGAUUACUGGCUGUAUUCACGCGCGUACAUCUGUAACGCGACCAACGCGAGCGCGGACGAGACGCAGACGCAGCCCAAGAAAGUCCGCGGGGAUCUCACGCACUCCGGGCUCUGGAGGAUCUGCUGUAUCGAGGGUCUCAACAAAGGAAGCUGCUACCGAAUCAAUCAUUUCCCAGAUGAUAAUGAUUAUGACACAGACAGCUCGGAGUAUCUCUUACGUAUUGUGCGGGCCUCCAGCGUGUUCCCCCUCCUCAGUACCAUCCUGCUGUUGCUGGGCGGGUUGUGUGUUGGAAUAGGACGCAUAUACAACAAGAGAAACAACAUAUUGCUCAGCGCUGGGAUUCUGUUUGUGGCAGCAGGUUUGAGCAACAUCAUCGGUAUAAUUGUCUACAUCUCCAGCAAUGCCGGCGACCCCAGCGACAAAAGAGACGAGGACAAGAAGAAUCAGUAUAACUAUGGUUGGUCGUUCUACUUUGGAGCGCUCUCUUUCAUUGUGGCCGAGGCGGUGGCCGUUCUGGCAGUCAACAUCUACAUCGAGAAGAAUAAAGAAGUGAGGUUUAAAGCACGACGUGAGUUCAUCAAGUCUACCUCCUCCUCUUCGCCAUACUCCCGCAUGCCCAGCUUUCGCUAUCGUCGACGGCACUCGCGGUCCAGUUCGCGCUCCACAGAAGCAUCCCGCGAGGCGUCGCCUGUGGGCAUGAAAAUGAUUAGCUCGGUGCCUGUAGGAGAGAUCAACAUGUACACACUGACGAGAGACCCUCUCAAAUCAGGCACGGAUAGUUCUUACAGUCCAGAUCAUGAUUCUGGAUUCCUCCAAGUGCACAACUGCUUUCCUAAAGACCUUAAUGAUGGUGCCAACAGGAGGACAACACCUGUAUGAGGGUACUCAAUGGAACGGAAGAGAUAAAGGCCAUAUUAAUUGGAUAGCCAUUGGGGAUAAGUGGCAGACGCCAACGAAGGGGAUACCCAUUGAUGAUCAAUGACGUCUCUCAUUGGUGAAAGAGAGCCACUGUGUUCAGAAGGAAAGAUUUAAUCUCCACUUUCAACAACUACUCUUGUGUUUCUCCACACGAUCUCUCAGAAGCGCACAUCUCUUAUCAAAGGGCAAGACACGCAAAUGUAAAACGGAUGGAUAUUGAGAGUUUUAAGUAAGCCAAUCCAUUCCCUUGGUCAAUACAGUGGCAUAUUCUCGGUGUAUACCAAUAUGAUAAUGACUCUCACACUUUGAGAUGGUGCUAAUGCAGGCUCACAGCUGAAGCCUUCCCGUCGUUGUGUGUUCAGCGCUGACCGGAGUUGAAUACUGAACACCCUUGUUUGUUUGUAUCAUAUGUUUGUAGCCACAGUUGUCUAUCCCUAUUCAGUGUGCCUAUCAUCUUGGCAGUGCCAACUGCUCAGACUUGAUCUGGAGCCACUUUGCAACACAGUGCAAAUCUCAAAUCUCUAUUAUUUUUGUUGUUGUACGACUAGAAGUAUCACUAAAUAAUCACUGGUGCAUUCUAGUUUAGGAUGUUACGACUACUUAUUGUAUAUAAACACCCUGCUGAAAAGACAAGAUUGGAUUGUCAUAGCUGGUCAGGUGCUUCUUUUCUAUCUGCUGGACGACUUCAUCAGCAAAACUUGUCCAAGGAAGUCUUACUGUUUACAGUGAGCACAGAAUUACACCUACAACCCAUUUUACUUUUGAUGUGCAACAUAUUUAUGAUUGGAAAUGUAAGCCGUGACGUUGUGGAUAGAGAAUGAGUCAUGCCAGACCAGUGGGUGAAACAUGGUGAUCGGUCAAAAGGGAAAAAUGUUUCAGAUGCAUUUUUCAAAAGAAUCCAAAUACAGUGCAGGAUUAUGAAGGCUUCACAUGCACUGAUGACUCAUGGGCAGCACGAUGACUCAGUGGGAAGCAGUGCUGCCUCAUAGCAAGAAGGUCCUUAGUUCGAGCAUGUUUUCCCUGUGUGUGCGUGGGUUCCCUUUGUGUUCUCUGCACCUCCCACUAUCCAGAAACAAGUGACACAAGUGGGUUGAUGAUGCCAAAUUGACCAUAGGGGUGAAUGAGUGUGUGCAUGGGUGUGUGUGUGAGAGCUCUACAAUAGACCUGCCUGUGACCCGAGAUUCAGGUUCCCCCCUUCAACCACACAAAGGAAAAAGAUCCCAAAUAUUUACUGCAAUGAGUUUUGCUAUUGUUGCCCAUAGAGAAAAAUUUAAAUAUAUGCAAAUUAGAUAUGAGAUAAUGUUCAUGUUUGGAAUUUACAUAAAUGUCAAGAAUUAACCCCUUGCAUACAUACGAUUUAUGGCCAGUAAAAUUUUACUUUAAUUUCUAAAAUCGAGUGGCCAAUCCUGCUUGAGGAGACACUGCCCUGCAAAUAUUACCUUCAACUAGCUUCUCUAACACUUGCCUUGAGGUUUAUGUAAGUCUGAGGGCCUUGAUAAGAUGGUUGUUGUGUGUUUAAUUAAGG